AUGGUUUGUUCAGAUCUAUGUAAAGUUUGUAAUACAGAUAAACAUCCGAUCUACUAUUGCAAAAAGUUCAUUGAAAUGACUCCUCCUGAACGAUUAAAUUGGAUUCAACGACAAAAACUAUGUGUGAAUUGUUUCAAAUCCGAUCAUAAAGCAAAGGUUUGUGAAGCUGGAUCAUGUAAAAAAUGUGCCAAGAAGCAUAACACUUUGCUCCAUUUAGAGCAACAGUCACCUAAACCUUCAAGGGCACCAGCAACAAACACAAAGUCAACCACAACAUUGAUCAACGCUAAUGAAUCGCCAUCCAUAACAGCAACAACUAAUGCAAAGUGUACUCGUAAUUACGUUCUGCUAGCCACUGCAAAGGUGCGCAUUAUUGCAAACAAUGGACGAACGUGUGAUGUUCGUGCCAUACUCGACUCAGGGUCUCAAGUGAACCUAGUAACCCAAAGAGUAAUCAACAAGUUAUCUUUAAUUACCACAAAUUCAAAUCUAUCGAUCGAAGGUAUUGGCCGUCAAUUCGGGAACUCAAAAUCUCGCGUAAAUGUUGAACUGCAGGCUACUAAUGGAAGCUUCAGGACGAGACUAGAGGCAUUUGUACUGCCACAAAUAAUAUCAGCACAACCGUCACGAGACCUAGAUAUCUCGGAUUGGCAGAUCCCACAGAAUGUAGAAUUAGCAGACCCCAGCUUUAACAGAUCUGGAAGAAUUGACAUGCUGAUUGGUGCUGAAUUCUAUCAUACUCUACUUCAACCAGAACAAUUGAUAAUAGGAAAGAAUUCGCCACUGUUACAAAAUUCGGUUCUAGGUUGGUUGGUGGUUGGUAAGACUAAAACUACAACAGAUAUUAAACCAACAUGCGCUAUUACUACAGGAGAGGUUGGUGAAAUGUCAGAAAUGAUAGAACGAUUUUGGAAGUUAGAUAACAUUGAGACUGCAGAAAGGGUUUUGACUGUAUCUGAGAAAUGGUGUGAAAAUCACUUUACAAAUCAUGUAAAGACAAAUCGCGAUGGUCGUUUCAUUGUACGCUUACCUUUUCGCGAUGAUCCCACAACACUUGGUAGAUCGCGUGAGAUAGCAUUCAAUCGAUUUUGUUCUCUGGAAAGGAAGUUACAAAAGGACCCAAAUUUAUACAAGGAAUACAUAAAAUUCAUGGAUGACUACGAGUCAUUAGGUCACAUGGAAAAAGUUUGCCCAAAGGAUGUCAAAGGAUCACAAUAUUUCAUUCCUCAUCAUUGUGUCUUGAAACCUGACAGCACUACAACCAAAUUGAGAGUUGUCUUUGAUGCAUCAGCAAAAACAUCAAGCGGUUUAGCACUAAACGAUAUUUUGCACAAAGGUCCAACAGUGCAAAGUGAUCUUUUUUCAAUACUGUUGCGUUUUAGAAUACACCGGUUUGUAUUUACGGCUGAUAUUGAGAAAAUGUACCGGCAAAUUCAAGUACAUGAUGAAGAUACAGCACAGCAGCUGAUAAUCUGGAGAAAAAGUGCUGAUGAUAGUAUACAAUAUUACCGACUGAAAACGGUUACAUAUGGAACAAAGUCAGCCCCUUAUCUUGCAACAAAAUGUCUUCAACACCUUGCGAAACAUAAUAUGACCAACUUUCCGCUUGGAGCACCUGCAUUACUUAAUGAUUUUUAUGUAGAUGACUGUUUAAGCGGAACUAACAGCAUCACUACCGCCUUAGACACUCAACAACAACUUUCGGAACUGCUCAGUAAAUCAGGAUUUAAACUGAGAAAAUGGUGCUCAAAUAAUACACGACUACUACAAAACAUUCCGAUAGAAGACCAAGAAAUCAACCUUGAUUUAGAUGACUCAGCCAUAAAGCCAACAAAAACAUUAGGCAUUAUUUGGCUCCCGAAAUCAGACGAAUUUUGCGGUAAGGCAGAGAUGUCAUCAGAGCAACCUAUCACGAAGCGGAUUGUGGCAUCGGAUUUAGCUCGAAUUUUUGAUCCUUUGGGAAUUUUUGGCCCCAUUACGUAA